AAUGUUAAGCUGUUGAUUUUGACAUGUAACUUUUCCUCACACAGUAAAAUGUUCAGUGUUGAAUCAAAUCUUACAGUGUACGAAUGAUCCCGGUUGGACUCACAUGUACUCGGCAAGAAUUUAAUUAACAUAUUUUACUGUCUGUGGUCCUGCACUCUAAGUUGUGGAUGUGGGCGUAGCAUAUUCACUGUGAUUUCAUUUUCAUCAGCAAGCGCUUCAUAGAUUAAUCAUGGAAGUUAGGCGUUGGUCGUGCUACAGUCUUGACGAAUACCUGGCAAUUGCCAACGGACUUUUUCCUGUAGCAGUAGAAGUAAUGCCUAAACGCAUUUAGCUGACGGCUCCAUAAAUGAAGAAAAACAUUAAACCUUUUCUGGGACGACCACAAUGAACAACACCAACUGUGGAAAGAUAGACACGAAAUUUACGCAUAUAUUCUUGCCAACGGUGUACGUUCUGGUGUUCAUAAUUGGUUUAUUUGGAAAUUAUUUUGGUUUAAAGUCUGUGUGUCGGAGCUGGAGGAAACUUGGGAGCAUAAACAUUUUUAUAUUAAACCUGGGAGUUGCCGACCUGCUGUAUGUAUUCACGCUGCCGUUCCUGGUUGUUUAUUACGCGGCGAAGGGCAAAUGGAUUUUUGGACGUUCGUUUUGCAAGGUAACCAGAUUUUUAUUCAAUCUGAACCUGUACUGCAGCAUCGGGUUCCUCACUUGCAUUAGCAUUUACAGAUACCUGGGGAUUGUUCAUCCUCUGAAAGUUAUGGGACGAAUUAACACUCGACAUUCCAUGGUAAUAAGUAUAAUUGUCUGGCUCUUAGUUAUCAUUCAAAUCCUUCCAGACAUGUUCUUUGACAAGACUUCGGGGAAUUCUUCCGAAAAAUGUUAUGACACCACUGCCGACUACCUAAUCACGGAUUACCUCCCAUACAGCGUUGGUUGGACAUUCACCGGAUUUUGCGUUCCCUUGCUCAUCAUCUUGGGGUGUUACGGACACGUAGCUGUGGUUCUGGCCUCAAAAGCGAACGUCAAUGCAUUGUUGAAGCAGCGGUGUCAGAAACUCGUAGUUAUGCUCGUUGUGUUGUUUUCCGUUUGUUUCAUCCCUUACCACGUUUUGAGAAACCUUAAUCUCAAGACACGGAUACUAAAAAACGAGGGAACAUGUGAUGAAAGAUUUAAAGACAUUUACAUCGCCUACCAAGUAAGCCGAGGUCUGGCGUGCAUGAACAGCGCCAUCAACCCGCUAAUUUAUUUAGUGGGCAACGACGACUUCCUUCUGCGCUUUCAUGAGAUCAGUAAACGAGCAAGGAGGUCUGUUGUACACAUGGCUGGUGUAAUUAUCUACCGUAAACCAAACGAGCCUGACUUCAUCCCGAUGGAUUCCAGAGGAACUAUGAUAUAAGUGAACCAUAGUUAAGUAUAGCGUAACUUGGCGGGAUGGCAUACCUGCCAUCCCAAUCUCUGUGUAUAAUGGUAGAUUGCUACUUGAUGUAAAAUUGCAGUAAUGAUUUUGUAAAAACAACUGUUUGCUUUGUCACAUUGUUUGCCCAUGUAUGUUUGUACAAUAUUUUUUGUAUUCUAUUGAAGGACUCAAAAAUGAAAAAGGGAAUUAGCACUUGUAUUAGCCCAUGCUUGUUAUUGAUAUGUAUUGAGUAACCAUAGUAUUGAAAUGAAGUUACUUUCAAAGUCAGCACACAAGGAUGCCUACUUAAGUAGCUACACAUUUAAUAAGUGCUUGGAAAUUGUUUGCCUGUCAGUUGUUUGUUAAAAGGAAAAAUGUCCUUUUUCAGUUGUCUCUGCUGGCUUAAGCUUCUGCUGUCUUCAGGCCUUUGUAAUAUAAAUGCUUAUUUCUAUUUUCUAAAAUAAAUUUAGUUGGUGAAGUGCAUGUUAGCUCUUUGAUGAGGGUGUAUUUCUGUAUAAGUGUUGACAUAGUCAUAAAUUUAUUAGGCAAUUUCUGACUAUUAAAACAUUCAUGUACAUCAUUUGGCACACCAGUCUGAUUUAUAAGAGAAAAUGCUAUUGAAAGACAUCUAAUUUUUGCUAUUGUUUCAUUCAUAUGCCACUGAAUUCCUUGUACAAAUAAAUACUUAUCAGUUUGACUUUUU